AGGAGUGGAGAGGAGUCAGCUAUACGUCUAAGAAAGCUUUGACUCUUGUUCAAUUAUUAUUAAUCAAAACAGCUAUAGUUAUUCAUAUAGCUAUAUUUAGAACUAAAGAGCUUAAAUAAAUUUUUCACGUUUCUCGCUUGUAUUUCGUGCAUCAGCCAUGUCUUCUCAGGACUUCGCUGGAAAAUCUGCUAUCGUGACAGGCGCUAGCUCUGGCAUAGGAGAGUCCAUAGCUCUGUUGCUUGCACAGCGGGGUGCGAUGGUCACUCUGUGUGGGAGGGAUGAGGAGAGGCUCCAAAGAGUCCAAGGGAAAUGCCAAGAAGCAAGCGGAGGUAACUCAGAUAGGUUUAUAACUGUCCAAGGUGACCUCAACGACAAGGCGGUACGGGACAGAAUUCUGGAGGAGACGAUCGCCAAGUUUGGGAAGCUGGAUGUUCUCAUAGCAAACGCUGGCGCGAGUCCUAAAACAAAUAUUGACAGCGACACGGAAGAAUUGUUUGAUUUCAUCUUCAGCACCAACCUCAAAUCGUCCUACUUUCUAAUUCAAGGAUCGCUUCCUCUGUUGGAGAAAACCAAAGGCAACAUCGUGUGUGUGUCGUCUAUCGUGUCCACUAUGCCAGCAUUGUGGAAUCAGCUGUACCAGAUGGCAAAGGCCGGCAUGGACCAGCUUGUGCGUGCUCUCGCUCUCUCACAAGGACCCAAAGGUAUCCGUGUGAACGCCAUCAACCCGACCUUAGUCUACACCAGGAUUCACGAACGCCAAGGUGACGGGGAGGCUCACAGAGAGCGCCUUCACGAGUACCUAGGACGCAGACACCCGCUACACGCACGGGCCAGCACGCCAGAGGAGCAGGCAGAGGUGGCGGUGUUCCUGGCUAGUGAUGGGGCCGGCUUUGUCACAGGCCAGUGUGUCAAGGUGGACGGAGGGAUCACCCUUGGGAAAAGGGAUUAAAAGCGUAAAAGGUCGCUUUCAAGCUUUUUAUUACGGUAUUUGAAAAAGUAUUUUUUGUAAGUGUUUUACGAUGCCCGCAACUGCUUAAAGUAAUAAGAGCGCGCGGGACACAUCAAACAUUUUCACUAUUGUUAGUUGGUAGAAAAUUUUGAAAAUUAUCGAUUUUAGAC